AUGGGUUUAUCAAUUAUCACAGAGGCACAACAGGGUCGCAGGCCACAAAGAGGGAGAAGAAGAGAAGAACCACAAGAAGAACCACAAGGAGAACAAGAAGAACAAGAAGAACAGCAACAAUAUCAACCACAGAACAACAUGGACAUGGUUCAGAUGCAAGAAGCAAUUGAGAGGUUGUCACAACAAUACAUGGGGAUCCAAGAAAAGCAGGAAGAAUUUCAUUCACAAUACAUGAGGUCUCAACAAAGACAAGAGGAGCUUCAGUUGAGGAUGAUGAGUCAACAAAGGGAUUAUGAGUCAAGAUCCCUCGUAAUGCAACAGGAACAAGCUUUCCAAUUUCAUGAAUCAUUUGACCAUUUGACCCAAAUGCAAGCUGAGAACAUGAGAGAUUUCAAGGAAUUCACAACCCUUCAAGAUGCAAGGUAUGGAGUUCAAGCUGACUAUAACAUAAAUAGCCAAAUAAAGUUGAGCUACAUUGUGGAACAUCUACACAAUAUGGAUCCAACAUUCCCAACUUAUGAUGAAUACUUCAAGGGGAGGAAUGAAAGAGAAGUAGACAAAGCACUGCUCCUUGAAGAUAGAGUAAAAGAGACAAUGAAGAAAGCUGGAUUCUAG